AUGAGUGCUUCCAACGACAGUGGUAGUACACUACCCAGAGUAUUGGUCAUAGCAGGGUCGGACAGUUCGGGCGGAGCAGGUCUCGAAGCGGACCAAAAGGUCAUUGCCGCCCAUGGAUGCUAUGCUAUGACGGCCACCACCGCAUUGACGGCCCAGAAUACCAAGGGGGUGUACGGCAUUCACGAGGUUCCGGUGGACUUCCUAAGGAAGCAGAUUGAUGCUGUGGUGGAAGAUGUCGGUGUUGACGUUGUCAAGACUGGCAUGCUUGCUUCGACUGGCACUAUCGAGGCUGUUGCUCAGGCGAUUCAUGACCACAAGCUCAAGACGCUGGUUAUUGACCCGGUAAUGAUCGCGACCACGGGCGCCGAGCUCCUCCCGAACUCCGCCUCCCGUGCCCUCUGCGAGAAACUCCUCCCUCUAGCUACCAUCCUAACGCCUAACGUCCCGGAAGCAAACACACUCUUACUUGAAGCCGGCCACGACCAACGCCCAGUCCAAACCGUUGCCGAUCUUGAGGAAAUUGCCCUCGAGGUACAGAAGCUUGGGUCAAAGUGGGUGCUCGUCAAGGGCGGCCAUUCUCCCUUCCGCAGGGAUGGUACCGAGGCAAAGACGGAAGACGAGAAGGAAAUCGUCGUCAAUGUCCUCGUGGGACCUGCUGCAGAGGGGACGAAGAGAGACGCAGAGGGCGAGGAAAACUUACAGGUGGUCAAAAUCGAGAUGCCGUACCAGAGGUCUAGGAAUACUCAUGGUACUGGUUGCUCGCUGGCUUCCGCCAUUGCCUCGAACCUCGCCAAGGGGAUGGACAUGGUUCCGGCUGUCAAGGCCGGAAUCAGAUACGUCGAUACCGCCAUCAGGACGGCGCCUGGAUUGGGCCAAGGGAACGGGCCCCUCAACCACUUUCACUCCGUCAAGGCACUUCCAUUCUCUUCCGGUCACUUCCUCGAUUAUCUUCUCGAACGACCCGACGUCGCCCCAGUAUGGGACCGCUACAUCCACCACCCGUUUGUUAUGGCCAUGGGUGAUGGGACUCUGCCGAGAGAGUCCUUCAAGGGAUAUCUGAUGCAGGAUUAUGUCUAUCUCAUUCAUUACGCUCGUGCCAACGCAUUGGCUUCGUACAAGGCCAAGAACAUCGAAGACGUUGCUGGUUCGGCCGCUAUUGUUGCGAACUGCUUCAGGGAGAUGAAUCUCCAUGUCCAGUACUGCGCUGGUUUCGGCAUCUCCAAGGAGCAGAUGGAGAAGACCGAGGAACUUCAAGCAUGCACGGCAUAUACAAGAUACGUCCUAGACAUAGGCCAAUCCGAAGAUUGGUUCGCUCUCCAGAUGGCUCUGGCCCCAUGUCUCCUCGGCUACGGCGCCAUCGCCAAGCACCUGCACGCCUCCCCCAACUCCAAGACCGGCGAAGAUGAGAACCUCUACUGGUCCUGGAUCGCCAACUACGUCGCGGACGACUACGUCACCGCCGUCAAAGCGGGCCGCGAGCUAUUGGAACGGCAUGCCGUGCUGCAGAGCCCCAGGAGGAUUGAGGAGUUGGUGGGGGUUUUUGUGCAUGCUACCAAGAUGGAGAUUGGAUUCUGGGAGAUGUUUCCGUAUAAGGCGGAGGAGAAUGGGUCCCAAUGA